AUGGGCUUGUUCAAGCAUGGCACAGGGGACGCGGUCGACGCCUCGCACUCGGCCAAGGCCAACACGUACAACUUUUAUGUCGUCUUCUUCAGCGCACUAGGGUCAUUUACGUACGGAUACAAUUCAUCCAUUAUCGGUUCCGUCUUUGGUUUGCCCGCAUUCUGGGAGUAUUUUAACAUUUCUCUCACCGGACCAAAUGCCAAGAAGGGAAACGAUAUAAUCGGCGCUGCCAAUGGUCUGUUCGCCGGGGGAGGCAUUAUUGGUGCUCUCAUUGUCAACUGGAUCCUCAACAGACUCGGCCGCUGCAGGUCCAUUCAGAUCGUCUGUGCCAUCUGCGUUAUCUCGGCCGCGAUCCAAGGGGGGGCGGCUCACGUUGCCAUGUUUCUCGUUGGACGCUUCCUGAAUGGCGUCGGUGUCGGCAUGAUGCAAGUCACCGUGCCUGCGUACAUGUCGGAGUUGUCGCCUGCAAAGCAACGAGGUCGAAUGACGGGUUCACACGGGGUCCUGAUUGUCUGUGGCUACGGGUCGGCCGCAUUCACCGGUCUGGGCUGCUAUUUUGCAGCGCCUCAAGUGCAGUGGCGACUAUGCCUCAGUCUGCAGAUUGUAGCGCCCCUGAUCCUGCUCAUCGGCUCGCCUUGGUUGCCCGAAUCACCUCGUUGGCUCAUUUCCAAGAGAAAAGAGCGGCAUGCGCUCGAGAUUCUCCAAAAGCUGCACUCUCGACCGGAUGAUCCAUCAGGCCUGGCAGCCAAGGAGGAAUUCUACCAAAUCUCCAAACAGAUCGAGCUGGAGAACGCGACUGGUGUGCACGGAAUCUGGGGCAUGCUCAAGCGUGCUUCGUAUCGCAAGCGAAUAUAUUCGGGCCUGCUGGUGCAAUGCGCCGCUCAAUCCACUGGUGUGCUCGUCAUCAACAAUUAUCAGGUCCUCUUGUACAACAAUCUCGGCCUGUACGGGUGGCUCCCUCUCCUCCUCUACGCCAUCUAUACCUCGUGGGCUGCGUUGAUGAAUUGGAUCAAUGCCAUGCUGCUCGAUCGCCUGGGGCGGAUUCCCAUCAUCACGUUCGGCCUGACCGGCUGCAUUUGCAUGAUGAUUGUCGAGACUGCCAUGGUGGCCACUUAUGCGGGAACAUCCCACAAGGGCGGCAAUGCAGUGGGGGUCUUGUUCUUGUUUCUCUUUGUGACCUUUUAUGGAGGCAGCCAGGACGCCAGCAGCUACGUGUACUGCAGCGAAAUCUUUCCAACUGGUGUACGAGCCCACGGACUAGGCACCUCGAUUGCCGGUCUUUUUGCAUCGACGCUGCUCUACACUGAGGUCGCACCGACCGCAUUCGCCAAUAUUGGAUGGAAAUAUUACCUCGUCUUUAUCAUUGUUCCGGCGGCCUGCAUUCCAUUCUUGUGGCGCCUCCCCGAAACCAAUGGGCUCUCGCUUGAAGAGAUUGCUGCAAAAUUUGGUGACGAAGUCGCCGUCGACCUCUCACAUCUCGACGAGGAGCGCCGGCGCGCGCUUGACGAUCGCCUCUUGGCAGUUGGUGUCGACAUUACUGGGUCGCCGCCGAGCGAGGGCGAGGUCGAGACCAAGGUGGCUGCCGUGGCCAACCAUCGAGAGUCUGCUUGA